CUGGUUUAAAGUCAUGAUACGAAUAUUUGCUGAGGAAAAUUCAUGACUAUUAAACUCAAUGGAUGUUUGAUUUACUCUGUCAAACCCCCUGGACCGUAGUCUUAAGCUUGAAUAUGUAAAAGUUGCUCCAUGUCUCCGUGAAUGUGAUGCAGCUUCUCCAUCAUGUGCCAUUUACCCCUCUGGUCUAGAGAAAUACUUCCCCAUACUUGAUCCCACUUGCAACCGUGCAGGCUCAGUUUACAAUAGCAGCAAUUGGACAGUUCCUCCACUAGAAUGACGUUUUUAAAGUGAAGAAGGAAAUGGUCCCCCCGGAAUCAUCAUUAGGUGCUCAUUCAGUUCCGUCCGAGCACUUCCGUCUUCUUCCACCUUGGCUCGUCUCUUUUCUAAACUCUCCUCCGAGUUGUUCCAUUUUCAUGUGCGCGUCUGGUUUGUCUCACGCGACACUGUAAUAGCUUUGUUUUUUAAAUUCUCCGUCGUUGAAGGCACAAGAUAGAGACCAACCGACGAAUAGCAUCUACGUACCUCCACUCUCCGGCCACUGCCUCGGCUUCUCCCGCUAUUUGCACGCCUCUCGUUCCAUUCGCGGGGCCACCAUCAUUGAUACUCACUCUGCUCUGCUCUUCCACUCUCCAUAUCUUAUCCUCGACUCACAUCGUCCUUUCUUUCUCUUCCUCGCUCGCCAAUUCUCUCGGACGAUACAGUCGCUCGACUUCUCUCGUCUUGACUCUUCAAUGACGACGCCGUGAGCUUAUCCUCCGACCUUUCAACUUCCUCGGACGCUCUUCCGCAGCGGGAACCCGGUCUCUCCCUCCGUCCGUCCGAGCCUGCCUCCGAGUCCGAUUUCUCUUUCUACGGCAUCGUCACGCUCUAUUCUCCCACCUUUUUUUGCUCUCUGAUUCGACCCACGGUUGCCCAUCAUGUCGUGGAAAGCUUCAGAGCGUCUGAUGGAUACUAUCCGUCACUAUGCUCGGUUUCCCGCCACUGGUGUCAGCUUGCGCCAGAUGGUCCAGUUUGGCGAGAAACCCUCAGUCGGAACCCUAUUCCGAGCUUCUCAGUUCUUAGCCGAGGAGCUUCCAAUCCGUCUAGCUCAUCGCGUGCAAGAGCUCGACGAGCUCCCAGAUGGCCUUAAUGAGAUGCCCUCUGUCAUUAAAGUCAAAGAUUGGUACGCCCAAUCGUUCGAGGAAAUCACACAGCUACCUCGGCCACAGUUACCCUCGGAUAUCCGAAACCGCCUCAUGAAACCCAGCAAAGCUAUCGGUCGCAAUGCUUUCCGCCUUCCUGCCGCAACCCCCAAUCCCUCUAUCGACGAGGGCGAAGCCGACGGUUGGGGCGGUCUUCAGAACGACAAUGGCAAAGCCAAGGCCUCUGCGCGCCGGUACUUUGCUAUUGUUGACGACUCAAGCGACUGGCCCGCCGAUCUUCACCUGUACAACCAACGUUUCGCUCAGACUCUGCACCACAUCAAGCGCCGUCACGAUGGCGUCGUUACCACAAUGGCUCAAGGCAUCCUCGAAUACAAGCGCCGUCGCCAGCGCAUGCAGAUUGACAGCACCAUCCAGUCCUUCCUCGACCGCUUCUACAUGUCCCGUAUCGGUAUCCGCAUGCUUAUCGGCCAGCACAUCGCAUUGACAGACCAGAGCCAUCAUCGCGACCCCACUUAUGUCGGUAUUAUUUGUACCAAGACCAAUGUCCAAGAUCUCGCUCAGGAAGCCAUUGAGAACGCCCGAUUUGUCUGUGAGGAUCACUAUGGUCUUUUCGAAGCUCCCAAGGUCCAACUCGUCUGCAACCCCAACCUGAACUUUAUGUACGUUCCCGGUCAUCUGUCGCACAUGCUCUUCGAGACCCUUAAGAACUCUCUGCGCGCCGUUGUCGAAACCCAUGGUAUGGAGAAGCAAGCUUUCCCUGUUACAAAGGUUAUUGUUGCCGAAGGCAAGGAAGAUAUCACCAUCAAAAUCUCUGACGAAGGCGGUGGUAUCCCUCGAAGCGCUAUCCCUCUCGUUUGGACUUACAUGUACACCACUGUCGAUCGCACACCAAGCUUAGAUCCCGAUUUCGAUAAGAGCGACUUCAAGGCCCCGAUGGCUGGUUUUGGAUAUGGUUUACCCAUCUCACGUUUAUACGCCCGCUACUUCGGCGGUGACUUGAAACUCAUCAGUAUGGAAGGAUACGGCACCGAUGUCUACCUCCACCUGAACCGUCUUUCAUCAUCCUCCGAACCUCUGCAAUAGCAAUUACAUAGCGCCGGCGCACAGAACCUACAGGUUCCCCCCUGGGUUCUUCGCAAACGACUACAAGGCCGAAGCCGCGAGAUAUCGGAACGGAAACAGGUGGGCGAUGCCGAGGCGGUGGUCAACGCGCCACCACGAAGCAACUAUACCAGUCCACAGGAAGUCUAAUGGGUUUUUUUCUUACAAAAAGGGAAUUAUCGUCGCCCGCGGGAGAUCCGUGCGCCGGAGCAAAACACAGACGAAAAUAUAUCGUGAUACUACUAUAUCAGCAACUACUACAAGAAACAAUAAGAGGAAGAGCAACAAGAAGGAUCAGACGAUGACGAUUACGAGGCCGCCCACAAUAUGCCCGCAGCUAUACCACGCCAAUAGGAACGCACAGCUCACUUGGAUAUUCGAAAGAGGAGGAAAGAGACUAGUCGAUUCGAGGGACGAAGAUCCUACUACACCAGAACAUCGCACCAUGUGGUUCACACAACCCGAGGGACCGCUCUCCAUGGAGGCCAGUCUAAAAACCAAUGUUGGGAAUCUCUACAGUCUUACAAAGCGUGCCGUUGCACGCAUGUUUGGACAAUAAACACCAUUCGAGCUACGUUUGGUUAUCAUUAUAUUCUAGGUAAAGAUCCCUCCCGCUUACAGAUGGGAGGAAGAGGAACAUCGUUUUAUGCAACGAUGAGGGCACAUUGUAUGAUGCAUUGGGUGGGUAUGAAGGGGAAGAAGAUGGUGACGAUCGAUAUUAUGGGAGGCUGUCUUGUUGACAGAACAUGCAAGCAUGUAUAUGGAACAAAAAUACUUCUACGGGAGUCUCGGUCAUGGGUAGGAAAUAUCAUUUGCACUUUGUUUUUCUGGUUACUCGAUUUUGCAGCGACUCCUAUAACUGUGGUCGGGGAAAAGUACCGUCUGAUUCCAUGCUGAUAAGGAUUCCUUAACUUUCUGACGUGACAACACAUGAGAUUCAACGCAGGUAAAGCAACGCAAGUCAAUUCACUAAGCUUUUCUACCAGUUCUUGGGCAGGGGGUUGCUAGCCUCAAUCGUUUCCGUCCACUUCCAUUUCCAUCAUGCCUCUCAUUCAACGAAAUGGCUCAAGUCUGAGC